ACAAUUACAUAUGAUGAAGCUAUUAAUGAGUUAGGAUUUGGUUUAUUUCAAAUUUUAUUAAUGCAAGUUUGUGGUGCUGGUUGUUUGUUUGAUGGUAUUGAAUUAUCUUUAAUUUCAUUUGUAAUUCCAGGUAUUAAACAACAAUGGAAUUUAAAUGCUAUUGAAACAGGUGCAUUAGGAAGUAUUGUAUUUUUUGGAAUGAUGUUUGGUGCUUGGUUUGGAGGUUUUUUAAGUGACAAAUUUGGAAGAAAAUUAGUUUUUUGUAGUUCCAUUUUUAUUUCUUCUGUAUUUUUAUUAGCAAGUUGUUUUUCUGUUCAUUUAGGAAUGUUAAUUACUUUAAGAUUUUUUGUAGGUGUUGGUUUAGGUGCAAUGGUACCAUGUGAUUUUUCAUUAAUGUUAGAAUUUUUACCAUCUAAAAAUAGAGGUGCCUUAUUAGGAUUAUUACAAAUAUAUUGGAGUGUAGGAGCAGCACUUGAAUGUUUAAUUUCCUAUUUAUGUAUUGAAGUAAUUUCUAAACAAUUUGAAAAAGGAAAUCUAUUAAAUGAUGGAUGGAGAUGGUGCAUGUUUUUUUCUUCCAUAUUUGGAUUUUUAAUUUUCUUUUUAAGAUUAUUUGUUCCAGAAUCUCCAAGAUUUUAUUUAAUUAAAAGAAAUUUUGAAAAAGUUGAUCAAGUAAUUGAAAAAAUUUCAAAAUUAAAUAGAAAAUCUUUAAAUGAUAAAAAAGUAAGAUUAGCAACAACUACUAGAACACAAUCUUCAAUGAAAUUAUUUUCCAAAUCAAGAGAUUUCCAAAUUGAGAUGACACAUCAAGAAGAAUUUAAAUCUUUAACUAUUUUUAAUCAAUUUAAAAUGUUAUUUUCAAAGGAAUUUUUAUUUUCAACAAUAUUAUUAUUUAUUAUUUGGUUCAUGUUAAGUUAUGGUGGUUGGGGUUUUAAUUUUUUAAUUCCAAUUGUAUUUGAAAAAAUUCAACAUAAUAAUGUAUAUUUAAAUUCCUUUUAUGUAACAAGUGUUGGAUUUAUAUCGAAUAUAUUAACAUUAUUUAUUAUAGAUAAAAUGUCAAGAAGAACACUUAUGGGAAUAACAUUUAUAUUUACAGGAAUAUUUACAGCCUUAGUAGGAGUAUCAAAUAAUCCAUAUUCAGUUUUAACAUUUUCAAUGUUAGCAAAUUUCAUGUCUUCAUUUCCAUGGGCAUUAUUAUAUACUUAUACUCCUGAAUUUUAUCCAACUUCAAUUAGAACAACUGGAAUGGGUGCAUGUUCUGUUUUUACUAGAUUAGCAGGUGCAAUUACUCCAAUGUUUGGUACUUUGGUUUUAGAAUCUGGUUAUUUCAUUCCUUUUUUAACUUAUGGAAUUGCUUUAAUCAUUGCUGGUAUUUGUUCUUUUUUAUUAAGAAAGGAAACUUUAAAUUCUACUUUACAAGAU